GCGAGCCCUGGCCAGUGCGCUGCGAUCAGGGAGGGCCCCUACAAGCUCCCUGCAACCAGUCUGCCUUGCCAGGCUAAGCAUGGGGCAGGACGAGGGCUGCCAGCGGCAGUGAUCGCCCCUCCUGAGCCGACACCCUCCCCACGCAACCCCCCCCCCCUUCUCCCCAGCCAAAGAGGCUCCGGCCACUGCUGACUACUUAUCCCCUCCCUUCUCAGCCCCGCGGGCUGGCCACACCGACCCCCCGCUCCAACUUCGUCCCUGGCUGCCGGGGGUUAAGGAGGUGCGACCGACCCAGGCGCGCAGGACCAUGAUCUGAGGGCGUGAGACCUGAAAGUUGGGGGAGAUGAGCAACGCAGACUUCACAAAACCACCACUAGCACCAAAACCAAAGAUUAUCAGUCAUCUUUCUUCCGUGGCUGUCUCCAAAUUUCCUUCUUCAUUGUCAAGGCCUGAUAUUCUUCAUAAUCCAAACUCUAUGUCUAGGGGUCCAAAACCACCCAUUGCUCCCAAGCCAAAACUCUCAGCUGACACCGAGGGCAGAUCCAGUGUUUAUACCAACAAUAACUUAAAUAAAUUCACAAAUGGAAAACUGAUAUGUCCUGAUGGAGAGCUGUAUGAAGUAAAUCAAUGCAACAUUGAGUGCUUAGAAUCUGAGGCUGGUGAUGAAUACAUCGUAGUUCCUGAAGCUCAGCUGACUGAUAAAGACUGUGAUGACUUUGAACAUGCGCAUGACCAGUGUUUAGAGUCAUCACCAGAGAAUGAGGUCUUAGAAACUCCAGAAGCAGCAGGGGAGGUAGAGGAUCAUAGCAUAGCUGAUGAAGAGGAGAUCUGUAAUCCAGAAAUAACUGAAGCCAAGGACAAUGACUGUUCAGAUGCUGUGGAACAUGUGGAACCAGAGUCAGAUGGAUCAACAGAAAUGAGAGACUGUGACAGGUCUGAAGCACUUAGUCAAGUGUCUUCAGGAGCCCCUGAAGUAGAAGAUGUUGCUUCUAAGAAUAUGGAUGAAGAAAUGGACUGUGUAGAUGAUCCGAAAAACUAUUUCAAAGGUGAGGCUGAGGAAACGUUUAAUAACCUCGAUCUGGUAAAGGACAAUAAUGAGUAUAACCUGGAAAACUGUAAGAUUUUGAAUGGAGAUGAGGACUUGACGGGCAAUAUCUGUGAAGACAUUAUUCUAACACAUUUACCUGUAGAUGAUGAGCCAACACCAGAAGAGAAUGAUGAACUGCCCCAAACUUUAGAAGAUGAGCUAUCAAAUGAUGACACGGAAGUGAGUCCAGCAAAUAAUGGUGACCUGGAUGAUAAUGCAGAGUUUGUAUUGAGUACAGAAACGGAAUUAGUAAAUUAUGAUUGUGCAAAUGCCGAUGAUGUUGAUGAAGAAGAAACAGACAUUGGGUUAGGACUGAAAGAAAAUGAACCUGAUGCAGAAGAGGAUUUGGGAGGUUCCAUCAAUGAAGCUGCAGCUGAAGAAGAGGAAGUAGGUCCAGAUAGCGACAAAGAAACAAAUGUGGAAAGGGAAGACUAUAUAGAUGAUGGGUACCAAACCAUUGAGAUGAAGAGUGAGGAGGAAACAUCAGAGACAACAUGUGAGCCUAGAGAAGACUCUGAAAAAGAGGAAGAAGUGGUGAAGGCAGAAAAUAUAGAUGAUAGUUGUCAAAUUGUUCCUUUUGAGAGUGAAUGCAAUGAAGAGGUCAUUGACUCACCCCAAGAAAACUUAGAUGAGAAUUUGCAACUGGAAAGGACUUUGAGUAAUGAUAGCCAGCUCUCUAGCCCUCAAACUGUUAGUGAGCCAGAGCUGGAAGUGGAAUCUAAACCAAAUGUGUUUGUUGAAGAUUGUGGUGACAAUGAAUGUGUCUUGGGAGAAUCUGAAUCAGAUGAACAAGUGUUUGAAGGCAACAAGGUCCGUCAUAGUAGCUUUGAAGAAAGCUCCCCAAAUCCAUCCGAACAAGCAUCAAUUGAGGAUAAAUACCAUACAGCGGAAGAAUUAGCUAGAUGUGAUCACAGUAAAUUUAAAGCAGACUGUGCUAGUGAACAUGAGUCUAGUGAGUAUUUAGAAGUCCCUGAAGCAGUUGUUGUACAUGAGGAAGGAGAAACAACCAGUGAUUCUCUAGAUGAUCCUUAUGUGAUGCCCUCAGAGAAUGCAAUCCCUCAUGUUAGAGAAGUGGUGCAGACUGAAUUAGAAGAUAUUCCAUGUGAUUACAGCAUAAGAGAAGAACUAAUUGUAGACACUGAAAACAACCUGCUAUCCAUUGAUCGAAAAAGUAUGGUCACUAGAACAAGGUCACUCUCUGGGAAAGUGCCUGGCUAUGUGCCAGAAACUGUUCCAGAAGAAACUGGACCAGAAACGGAUGUACAGUCCUCAAAUGAUGAUUCUAUGACUGAAUAUUUAACCAAUAACUUAGUGCCAUUGGAAGGAAAACCAAUGGAAAUCAAUAGGGCCUUACCAGCCACAUCAAGACGCUUUAUUUUAUACCCACGGUCUUACUCGGUAGAAGGGAGAGAUAUGCCAGUCUCUGUUUACAGAGAAACCGAUGGCUCUACAUUGGAUGACAAUAGAAUAAAGAGGACAGAAGACAACCUCUCUUUGCCCUGUGUAAUUGGUUCUUCAGGUAGCUUUUCGCAGAGGAAUCACCUUUCAUCAAGUGGUGUGUCCACCCCAUCCUCAGUUGUUGAUAUACCACCUCCUUUUGAACUAGCCUGUAUCACCAAAAAGCCAAUCACUAAAAGUUCCCCCUCACUUUUAAUAGAGAAUGAAUCUCCUGAUAAGUACACUAAGAAAAAGAAAUCAUCUUUUAAGAGGUUCCUCACCCUAAAAUUCAAGAAGAAGACAGAAAAUAAGGUCCAUGUGGAUGUUAAUGUUUCCUCUUCAAGGUCCUCUUCAGAGUCUAGCUAUCACGGGCCUUCUAGGAUUAUGGAACUGGACAGAAGGAGCUUGAGUAGUUCACCUCAGCUAAAGUCCCAUCCUGGGAAGCUGCGAGCUUCUGAGUCUCCCUCUACUGUUCUUUUCUACAAGGAUGGUAAAAGAAAAGGGACACCCAAAACCUUUAGCAGGAGUGUGUCAAGAGUGGAGUCCUUUGAGGAUCGAUCCAGACCUCCUUUCAUGCCACUUCCCUUAACUAAACCUAGGUCUAUUUCGUUCCCUAAUGCUGAUACUUCUGACUAUGAGAACAUUCCAGCUGUGAGCUCUGAUUAUGAAAAUAUACAAAUUCCACCUCGAAGACCAACUAGAGCAGGAACUUUUACAGAAUUUUUUGAAGAUCCCAGUAGGGCAUUGUCUGCUGCUAAUGAGAAUGACGGCUAUGUGGAUAUGAGCAGCUUCACAGCCUUUGAGAACAAGCAGCAAACCACAGACCAGGAAACAGAAAGGCCAGGAGACCGCAAGUGGGAAAUGCAAAACCCAGAGCAAGGUGAAUUUGAAGCAACUAAGCAACUACUUGGAUGCAAUAGCAGUGCCUAUACCGAGCCUUACAAGGUGUGCCCUGUCUCUGUGGUACCCGUGGAGGACGUCACAUCGGAUGAGGAACAGAAGAGUUCAGAAGACGAGGAGAGUAGCCAGGGGGAUCCCAGCCUCGUUCAUAAAAAAGAAGGCCAGUCCAGAGCUUACCUCAUAGCCCAGGAGCUGGUGUCUUCGGAGAAAGUAUAUGUGGAGAUGCUCCGGCUGUUACGUGCGGAUUUCUAUGAAGAGGUCUUGAAAGUGCUGGGGGAUGAGGAUGAAAAUGAGAGGGAGGAGGUGAAGCUCAAGCAGGGCUUGAGUGAGAUCCCUGAAAUCUACAAACUACACCAGGAGAUACUGGGAGAGCUGGAGGAAAGAGUCCUCAAUUGGGAGGAACACCAAAAAGUGGCCGAUGUUUUUCUCUCAAGAGAAUCAAGGUUCAAACACCACACAGCAUACAUUAUGCAGUUUGAUAGGAAUUUGGCUUUGCUCGAUGAAACCUGCCUUAAAUCUUCCCAGCUGGCUACUGUCAUCCAGGCAUUUGAGCAGAAUCCUGGCAGCAGCCCCCUGAAUGUGAAACACCAGUUUUUGAAAGUGGUGCAGCGCAUAUUCCAGUACCGCGUGCUACUCACAGAUUACUUGAAUAACCUUUGUCCUGACUCUGCAGAGUAUGAAGACACACAAGCUGCCUUACUCAUUGUCUCUGAAAUUACGGACCGAGCCAACGACAGCAUGCAGCAAGGGGAAAACUUGCAGAAGCUGGUACACAUUGAGCACAGUGUCAGGGGGCAAAGCAACCUCCUCCAGCCAGGAAGGGAGUUUCUGAAAGAGGGAACACUGAUGAAAGUGUCCGGGAAAAACAGGCAUCCCCGGCAUUUGUUCUUGAUGAAUGAUAUUCUGCUGUACACGUAUCCCCAGAAGGAUGGCAAAUACCGACUGAAGAACACCUUGGCUGUGUCCGGCAUGAGGGUCAACCGCCCAGUGACAGAAAAAGCCCAAAACAUCCUGAAGAUUGAAUAUGCUGAACACUGCCUGAACCUGUCAGCAAGUUCAUGCUCUGAAAGGGACGAGUGGUAUAGCUGCAUCAGCAGAACCAUUCCAGAUGACUACAAAGCUCACAAUGCAUCUACCUUUCACAACAGUAUUGAGCUAAGGGAAAGGCUGGGAAUAUCCUUGGGUGAGAGGCCUCCAACUUUGGUACCUGUGUCCCACGUCAUGAUGUGCAUGAACUGCGGCUGUGAUUUUACCCUCACUCUGAGACGCCAUCAUUGCCAUGCAUGUGGGAAGAUCAUAUGUCGAAAUUGUUCAAGAAAUAAGCAUCCCCUGACGUACCUCAAAGACCGACUAGCAAAAGUCUGUGAUGGCUGCUACUCAGAACUGAGAAAGAGAGAGCGGCCAGUAAGUGUGAGCUUCCCUCCAACUUCAUCCAGGUUUUCAGGCAGUGCCUUCUCCUCCGUCUUCCACAAUAUUCACUACUCAUCCUUCAAGAAACAAAAGAAGAUCCCUUCUGCUCUUAUGGAGGUGGCAGCUUCAGGAGAGGGAUCUUCUAUCAGUGGCUAUCUCAGCAGGUGUAAGAGAGGCAAAAGGCACUGGAAGAAGCUCUGGUUUGUUAUCAAAGGCAAAGUCCUCUACACUUACACAGCAAGUGAGGAUAAAGUCGCCACAGAGAGUCUGCCUUUGCUGGGUUUCACAGUUGCCCCAGAAAAGGAGGAAGGAAGUACAGAUGCAGUUUUCCAUCUUUACCACAAGCAAACAUUGUUUUAUAGCUUCCGUGCGGAGGAUAACAAUUCAGCACAGAGGUGGAUUGAAGCCAUGGAAGAAGCAACCAUAUUAUAGCAGUAAUCAAUCAAGAGGACUUGGAAUAAACUCUCAGAUUUCUCUACAUUCCCAACAGCCCGUUUCUAUUUCAAGAAGCUGAGUAGUGUAUUUCAAACCACCUGGCUAUACGCACUGGAUAUGAACUGUUUCCAGGUUGCUAUCUUUCUUUUGCUUCCUUCGUUUUAAAUCCACAUUUUUUGCAAGUUGAAAACUUUAAAAUAGAGAAUAUUCAUGGUCCUCUUUAUGUCUGUGCAAGUUCAACCUGCGCUAUAACUCACUCCCAUAAUCCCACAGUAAAUUAAGUUUUAACAUCAAGACAAGAAAUAGAUACAAAUUAUUUCUGAACUCACAUGGAAGUACUGGCUAACAGUAAGUAACAGGCUCAGUUUUACUUACCCUAGAGAACUAUCAACUUUCA